UGCGCAUGCGCGUUGCUGUAACGCUGACGUCAGAGUGACAGAAUCCGGAUGUGGUUCAGAGACGCCGAUGGAAGGGCAGGUUGUGGCGAUGCGCGUGUUGGUGACGGGUGGCAGCGGGCUGGUCGGGCGAGCCAUCGAGUGGGUGGUAAAGAAGGAGGGUGGAGCAAGAGAAGGAGAGGAGUGGAUAUUCCUGUCAUCCAAAGAUGCCAAUCUCAUGAAUGCUGAAGAGACAAAAGCAGUCUUUCAGAAACAUCGUCCAACGCACGUCAUUCAUUUGGCCGCUAUGGUGGGCGGGCUCUUCAAAAACAUGAGACAGAACCUGGACUUCUGGAGAAAUAACAUUUACAUCAAUGACAACGUGCUGCAGGCGUCUCAUGAGGUCGGGGUGGUGAGAGUGGUCUCCUGUCUGUCCACAUGCAUCUUCCCUGAUAAAACAACUUAUCCCAUCGACGAGACUAUGAUCCACAACGGUCCUCCUCAUGAGUCUAAUUUUGGCUAUGCUUACGCCAAACGCAUGAUUGAUGUCUACAACAGGGCGUAUUUUGAGCAGUACGGGCGACAGUACACCUCUGUGAUCCCGACCAACGUGUUCGGACCUCACGACAACUUCAACAUUGAUGACGGACACGUGCUUCCCGGACUGAUUCACAAGACAUACCUGGCAAAGAAGGAAGGGAAAGCGCUGGAGGUUUGGGGCUCUGGUCGUCCCCUGCGGCAGUUCAUCUACUCUCUGGAUCUGGCUCGUCUGUUUCUCUGGGUUCUGAGGGAAUAUGAUGAGGUGGAUCCCAUCAUACUGUCAGUGGGGGAAGAGGACGAGGUUUCCAUCAAAGAUGCUGCAGAGGCUGUGGUUGAAGCGUUUGGCUUCCAGAAUGAUGUCAUUUAUGACACCAGCAAAGCAGACGGUCAGUUCAAGAAAACCGCCAGCAACGCCAAGCUACGCAAAUACCUGCCAGACUUCAAAUUUACACCGUUUAAAACAGCCAUCAAGGAGACGUGUGAUUGGUUUGAGGCCAAUCAUGACAUCGCCAGGAAAUGAAGAAAUCAUUGGAUGUCUUGAAACUGUUCAACUAUGCUGGACAUGAGUGAUAAAACAUACAGGCGUUUUUACAAAGAUGAAUCUUAUAAACUCUUCUCGUGAUUAUUUCAACGCUGUUAUCUACAGUUUAUUUGUGAUUCUGAAUAUUUUCAUGUGUUUUUACUGUUCAGGUUUUUUCUUACUUUCUAGUGAUCUGUAUAUUUCAAUAUUACACUCAUAUAUAAUAGUGAUGUUUGAAGAGAAACAGUAUUUUAGUCAGAAAUGAGUAUCAUUUAUUCAUGUCAUGUCAACCCUGUAUACGUUUCUUUCUCUCUUCAGAACACAAAGGAAGAUGUUGAUCAUCAAACAACACUGAACCCCAUUGACUUCCAUUAUAUGAACCCAAAACCACCGAGACAUUUCUCAAAAUAUCUUAAUUUGUGUUCCAUUGAAGAAAGACUCGCAGACAGAUUUACAAAAAAAAAACUCAUAGGCCCGGUUUCAUAGACAAGGCUUAGCCUAAACCAGGACUAUGCCUUAGUUAAAUUAGGCUAUUUAGGUCGCUUUUAUUAAAAUGCCUAGAAACAACAUUACCGAUGUGCAUCUUGAGACAAAACAAUGGCACUGACAUAGUUUAACAUAUGUUAUUUUCAGUUAAGACAGCUCAAAAUUCCUUUUAGUCUGGGACUAGCCUUAAGCCUUGUCUGUGAAACCGGGGCAUAGUAUUUUAAAUGACAUCUUAAACUUUUAAUAAAUUGUUGUUAACCUG